UCCAGCCUAAAAACAGUUGGCACUACUCUUCCCUACCCCUGUUUUCUAUCAUUUACACAGUAUAUGUAUGCAGGUAUAUGUAUUUAUUUAUUGGUAUGGAGUCAUCCGAUGGCGGAUUCGCCUCUAUCUUCGAUUAAGGAAACGAAAAACCCUGUUUAUAUAGUUCGUAAAUUCUGGAUCUACCUGUGGGCCUUUUGGAUUGUGCUUGUCUUAUUUCUUCUUUAUUACCUGAGAGGCCCUUUGAAAAUCCUCGAAACACUUACGAUGGCAACAAUGUUCCUGAGCACUUUGACUCCCAAGUUCUAUGUUGCUCUUACUGGAACAUCUUCACUUAUCUCUGGACUGAUUCUGAUAUUUGAAUGGUGGUAUUUUCGAAAAUAUGGAACUUCGUUUAUUGAACAAGUGUCCCUUAAUCAUCUAAGUCCAUGGCUAGGAGGGGGUGAUGCUACCAGUAGUGAGCCAUCUACUCCAAGCACAAACAAUAAUACUCCUCAAUCUUCUGUACCAGAAUGUAAAGUUUGGCGGAAUCCCCUAAAUCUCUUGCGUGGUGGGGAGUAUCAGAGAUUUACUUCCAGUACUGGAAAGGAUCCCUUAACAUAUUAUGAUAUGAACCUCUCAGCACAGGAUCAUCAGACAUAUUUCACCUGCGAAGCUGAUGCAGGAAAACAAGAUUAUGAGAUUAUGGCUACCGCCUGGAGAGAAAGAAAUCCUGCUGCUAGAGUAAGUGCCGCAAAAGAAGCACUAAUUCUUAAUCCAGAAUGUGCCCCAGCUCUUCUGUUAUUGGCUGAAGAAGACGCUUCCACCGUCUCUGAAGCCGAACAGCUCUUGAAACAAGCGUUGAAAGCUGCUGAAGCAUCGUAUCGUAAAUCUCAGCAGAACCAACACCAAGGAUCUUUGGCGGAGGGAUUACAUCGGCGGGAUACCAACGUUUUGAUUUGUGUAAAACGACGCCUUGCGAUGUGUGCAAGGAAGCUAGGCAAAUUGAAGGAAGCCGUGAAAAUGUUUCGCGAUUUAACCAAGGAAGUUACACCUAUUCUUUCUAUGCUGAACAUUCAUGAGAAUCUUUUGGAAGCGCUUCUUGAAAUGCAAGCCUACGCCGAUGUUCAGGCUGUCUUAGCUCGUUAUGAUGACAUCACUCUACCCAAAAGUGCCACAAUAUGUUACACAGCUGCUCUACUAAAAGCCAGAGCCGUAGCAGAAAAGUUUUCUCCUGAUUUGGCCAGUAAGCGAGGGUUUAACCCAUCGGAAAUGUCGGCGGUGGAAGCCAUACAUCGAGCCGUCGAGUUCAACCCUCACGUACCCAAAUAUUUAUUAGAAACUAAGCCAUUGUGUUUGCCUCCCGAACACAUCCUUAAACGCGGGGACUCAGAAGCGGUUGCAUAUGCGUUUUUUCAUCUAUCCCACUGGAAAAGAGUGGAAGGUGCAUUACAUUUACUACAUUGCACAUGGGAAGGAACAUUUCGCAUGAUUCCGUAUCCGUUGGAGAAAGGUCAUCUUUUCUACCCAUAUCCCAGCUGCACUGAAUGCGCAGAUAGAGAACUUCUUCCAGCUUUUCACGAAGUUAGUGUUUACCCAAAGAAAGAACUCCCAUUCUUCAUACUUUUUACAGCCGGUCUGUGCUCUUUUACUGCUCUCUUAGCUCUCCUAACCCAUCACUAUCCAGAGCCGAUGGGAUAUAUCGCUCGUACUGUAAUCAACGGCGUUUCGUUACCAUUGCUCUACAUUCUGGGAAAAUUGGAAGCCUUUUGCCCAUCGAGUCUCCUGCAGCAUUUGUCGCGUGUCUGAAGAUUGCGGAGAUCUCAACCGCUAGGCGAUUGUUAAGAGAGCAUUUUUUCCCCCUUUCUGUUCCAGACCACUAGCUUUGCAUUUCUCUAUUUUCCAGCGCUUUUUUUUUCAUUACUAUUAUUUUUUUUAAUUUGUUCAUGUGAUAAGGUAUUCUUACCUUGCUUCACCUUGAACCGAAAGAAUCACUUAUUUCCAUGAGAAACAGUUGAGUUCUUAAGGUAAUAGCAACGUGCUUUAUAGGUCACGUCGGCUAAUCUCUCAUCAUGCUCUUUGGCCUUCAUGCUUAACCUUUACUGUUCGUCCUUUCGUUUCGUACGUUCAAAAUCAUUACCUUAACGUAAAUUCAGUCGGAAAUUUUUUUCUCUGUGGAUACUUUGCACUUUUAAAAGCACAUCACAUCGCUUUCUUCGAUGCUUCUCGGGCUAUUCUAUCAGAUACGAUGGGAUUUUGGCAUGGCCAGCUUGUGAGAUGCCAACUAACAUAUUGCUGAAAUGAGAAAACACUUCAAAAAUUGAGGGCUACUUGUAUACGUGUUCUUGAUGGCGUACCGUUUUGUACAUUUGUGUUCAUGUAAAUGUGUUUGCUCGGUAUCGUUUUACGGAAUGGCAGUCGUUCCCAACUGUUGGUUCGGAAUAUAUCCAUUAACGCUA